AAUACUUCCGCUUCACAUGUAUUCGUUGUGAAGAAAAACAAACUGUUUACAAUGAGAUCUUUGCACGAACCAUACUGACAUUCUUAAAUCAAAGAUAAGAUAGAGCCAAGAAUGCAAUAUUGCUGCAGUUCAGUGAGAAUUAGACCAGUCUGAAGAUGCAUAACUGAGAAAACGUUUAUUUUUUUACAACUUCAGGGAACUGAUUCGAGCUACCGAAAAAUGGCGUCAAGUUUGAAUGCGUCGCUGGUGACUAGUCCCUCGCGCAGUCGACUAUCACGCUCACGAGGACCAAGCAGUGCAGAUUUCCUUGAUCAGAUACGGCAGUUGGAGAUGGAAGGUGAAAGAUUACGCCGUGGAAGUGAUCCAGGAUCUCCAUCUAAAUACACAAUGAAUGGAGGAAUAAGUCAGCUGUCGACAGGUGCUGCCCCCUCUGUGACACAUUACUAUGAACCCAGCAGUAGUUACCAGCCUCCUUCACUAGCUACUGUAACAGAUAUUACCACAGACCAGAGAAGUAUAACAGAUCUCAGGAUGCAGCUUGAAAGUCAAAAGAAAGAGAUGGACCAGAUCCAGAAAAAGUUGUUCCAAGAUACAGGUGUGCCCCUCCCCUCUUCCUUACCUCUGAGUCCAAGUAUACUUACCUCUCCACUCAGGUCUUCAUCUGCUGGCCCUAGUACCACCAGGAAGUCCUUGGACACAUUGCCACAGCCUCACAUGGAAAAAGCAUUAAAAGAAUCCCAGGAACAUGUUGCUAGUCUCAGGAAAAGAUUGGAAGAGGCCAAAGAAGUGAGCGAGGAGCAGCGAAAACAGUUUCGAGCACAUAUAGAAGAACUUAAGUCAAAACUACAAGAGACAGUGGUGAACAGAGACUCUAUAAUGGACCUAAGACAAAGGGAAGCUGAAAGUCAAGAGAAUCUGAUCAGAAAACUUCAGGCAACAUUACGUCAGUUGCAGGAAGCUUACAGUGUGCAAGAAAAGACUCUUCAGGAAACAGGCUCCAAGACAGACAAACUCAGCCAGAAUCUUUAUGUGGCUGACACCUCCCUGAACCAGAUCAGGGCGGUGAUAGCAUCGGUGGAGAAGAAGCGUGGCAAGUCUUUUUACGAUUCUGAGCCCAUCGACAAGCAGAGCAGCACAAUGGUGGUACACACACUGGAGCGGUGUGUGCAGGAGAUGGAGAGUGACCUGGAGACCAAGGCUGGGAAAAUGAAACAGCUUGAAAAUGACCUAGAAGAGUUACAAAAAUCUUCCAGAAGAACACAAGAUAAAUUGAUUGUAGAGCACCAGCAAAGGUUAAGUCAGCUGACAGAAGAACAUGAAUGGCAGUUGCAAGCUGCUGCAGACAGGGCAGCCAAUGCUAGAGAGCAGGCAGCCAAUCUUCAGUCACAGAUUACUUUGAUGCAAGAGCAGCUGGACAAACAAGCUCAGAUGAAGGAUGACCACAUCAGAGAGCUGGAAAAUAAGAUCACCAGUCUAAAAGAAGACCAGGAUGUGGCAAAGAAAGGAUGGACAGAAAAGAGAGAGGCCCUGGAGCUGGCUGUGGACCAGGUACAGAAGGAACUGAAUGUGAUGAGGAGUGAGAAACAGGAGGCUGUCCAGACUGCUGCUGCCAUGGAGACAAGGAUUGAGGACUACCAGCUCCAGGUGGAGAAGUUAUCAGAUGAACUGGACACAGACCGAGAGCAGAUGAAGAAACUGUGGCAGAGAGAGGACGAGGCCAACAAGAAACAGAUCGAGAUGGAGAGCAGACUUCAUGAGAAGGACAAGGAAAUUGAGAGACUGGAGAUGCUGAUGGACUCUGUGAAAGCAGAGUGUGAGCUUACUCUCAAAGACAGGGUUGCUUCAAUAGAGAAAGAUGAAAAAUUAAAAACUGCAGAACAGAUAACAACACUAACCAUACAGCUUCAAACGCUGACAGAGAAGAGUACUAGAAUGACCUACGAGAUUGAGACACUUCAGACAGAGAAUGGAAAUCUCAAAAAACAGGUCACAGAACUGACUGAAAAAAACCAGGAUGCACGAGUCAAAAUCGAGACCAUGGAAGCUGAAAAGACUAACCUAGGUGCAUUAAUGGAAGACAGAAUAAAUGAUUGUCAGAGAUUAACCCAGGAAAGAGAUUAUUAUUUUGGGCUCCUUGAGGAGAGAAAUCAGGAACUAAAGACAUUGCAGGCUGAAAACGAACAGUUAUCUACUAGGCUUGAUGAAAAGGAGAGAAAUUUUACUGCAUUACAGAGGCAGAGCACUGACAUGUCCCAUGCCAUUGAGUUGAACUCUAAAUCCAAUGAUGAACUCAAGUUGGAGAGAGAAAGGCUUUUGAAAUCAAUAGAGGAAAGAACAAUUGAACUGGAAGAACUUAAACUUGCCAAAAGCAACAUCACAAGAAAACUUAAAAUACGUGAGAAAAGACUUAAAGAUAUUGAACUUGAUAAAAACAAGCUCAUAGAAGAGCUGCAGAUAAAAAGACAAGAUAUAGAUGCUAUUAUCAAAGAGAAAGAUGGUUUGUAUCAGGAGCUUAAAGAUAGCAGAUAUGAGGUAGCAACAUUAUCCGAAGAAAGAGAUGAGAUCCAAAAACAGAAGGAAGAACAGAAGAAACAGUUGGAGGGGGAGCUGGAUAGAUUAACUCAAAAAUAUGUUGCUUUGCAGCAGGAGUACAGGAUAGCACAGAAAGCCAUAAAGACAAAGGAGGCCGUGGAUGGUAAAGCUGUGAAGUAUGCAGACAAGAUGCAGAAGGAAGUGACAGCCAAGAGAGGAGAGAUAGACUCCCUGAGGAGUAAAGUGCAUUGGUUGGAGGAAUGUUUAGAUGCUGCAUUGAAGGAUAAACAAGCCCUCAAGCAGGAGAGAAAGAAACUGUCAUCUUCCCUGAACAACUCCUCAACACAGAAUGAGAAGCUAGCAGACCAGCUGGAGGGGUAUGCCAAGAAAAAUGAAGACCUGAAAUCAAAAUGUGACAGAUUAGAGACAGCAUUGGAAAAAGCCGCAGUGAAGCAUGCAGAGGCAGUGGCCAAACUGGAGACAAUGGAACAAGAAAUGGCCAGCAUGAAACUCAGGCACCAACUGGAUAUUAAGGCUUUGGAAAGGUUAGCACAGCCCCCAUCAAGACAUUCCACUCAUGUUGUAUACACUGGGACCCCUACUGUAUCUACUUCUGUAAACCCCAAAUCUGAGAGGCAGACAACAGCUGGAUCACAGGGAACAGGCUCAGUAGUGACACAGGGACUAGGAAGAGUGUCAACAGGAUCUUUGGAUGAGCUGCCUGUGCUGCAUAAACCAGGACAGGAAAAAACCGAGUCAACAGCAGCAUUGAACAAUGUAGCAGGGGAUGAACUCAGGACGUUGCUCACUGAGAUGAAGUCCCUGAUAAUGAAUGCCCAGCAACAGCCCCAGCCCCAGCAGCAGCCAGCUGUCCUCCCACCUCCAAACUCCACAGGGGACAGGCAGACAAAUAGACAAAGGCCAUAUGAACAGUCCAGUAACUCUACAGACUCACAUACAGGAAUUCCUGUGCAUUCUUCUUCAUUAAAACCAGUCGUAAGCAAUGGCAAUCAGCACCGACAGCGCUCACACUCCAGCCGCCCAUCCUCUGUGCAGACACUGACAUCAGACAGGGACACUAUUGAAAACCAGCGCCCCCCACGACCUCAGUCCAGUCACACCUCGUAUGGUCAGACGAUGCGGUCAGGCAGGGAUUCCAGGCAGACUGGUACAGCUGUCAGCUCUACUACAGGUAGCCACAUGACAGAGUGGGCCAGUGACACCUACAGUGAGCCUGUGCUGCGACCUCAGGGACCUAAAGGUGCUCCUGGCCGUGUAAACAGUGAUGCCCAGGAGCUGUGCAAGAGACUGGAGGACAAGAUAGAAAGACUCACACAGAUGGGAGGGCACCUGCAGCAGGAGAAUAAAGAGAUGGCUGAGUUAAUCAAAGACCAGGGAACCCGCUUGAAGAGAGUCAAAGAGAGUGAACGCUCCUUGCACCCAAAGAUGAUGAAGCGUUCAUCACAUACGUGAUAUUACAAAACUGAGUUUUGUCUAUGUUACAAAAAACAGAACUGGUCACUGGGAUAAAAUAGAAAAAAAAAAUACUAGUUCCAAAAAUGUCCUCACAUGACCAGUGUCAGGGUUUUAGAUCCCCUGCCUAAAAUAGACCCUUUAUAUUGUUUUCAGAUAGCAUUAAAACCUAUAAAUACUCCCUCCUAAAUCAGUAUUUUGAUGUUAAUAAAAUCCUUAUUUAUUAGGUUAGCAUCUCUUAUACAACAUUUUUAUCAAAGACAAACCAGUAGGUGCCUGCGUUCUUAACAUGAUCAUCUUUGUAUUAUUUGCUCAUGCAAAAAAUCAAAAGACUAAAAUGUUCUUGUUAUUUUAUUCUAUAAAUUACCGAUACCUUAAUUAAUUACAGUAUGUCUGAUAGUAUUUGUAAACGGAGCCAGAUGUGGUCUGUAGGAAUGGGUAUAAUGUGUGUAUACAUAAAAUGGUGUAGCAGUGUAUGUGUAAAUUAGAAAAAGAUGGCCUUGCAUGUCCCAGAGGCAGCGUUUUAUGUAGUGAUUUUAAAUGUCACAGCAUAAGAAAAUCUACAAAGUGCAGUUGUAUAUUUAUGUAGAUAUAUAUAUAUAUGAAAAUGAGUGAUUUUUUAUCAGCAUUGUUUUCCCCAUUGAUACAAUAUUAUUACUACAAAAGUGACAGCGUCACUUGUUUGGUAUGUAAAAGUGUUAUGUAUUUAUGUCAGUUUUCACACGUCAGAAAGGAGUUUGUCAUUUUAAUCAUUGGUUAAGUAUUCAUAUUAUUUUUGUAUGUAAAUGUUCACCAAGUGUCUGCCUAAUUUAUGUAUCGUUUACUCACAUUUUGUUGUAGGUAUAUAAUAGAUUAUAGCAGUAGUUUGUAUUAUAGCUAGGUUUACAUUACUGAAGUUAUGCAUUUAUAUUGGUAAAAUGCCAUCAUGCGUCUUCUGGAAUUUAAACCAUUUUACUACUUCCAUGUAUUUUAAUAUAAAUGCCAUGCUUUAAAAAGCAUUGUAUUUAUAACAUUUUUUUCAUGUUAUAGUAUAUAAUAUUUCUCUCCGAUAGUAAGCGACAAACACAAGUUAUUCCGUUUUCAAAAUGUUUAUUGAUGGUCACCCAAUGAGAAAACAGUCUUGUAACACAGUGGUCAGUCUUUUCCAAAUAACUAAUACUGUGUUAUAGGAAAGAAAAUAUAUGUUAAUUUAUGAAGAUGCCUGAAUUAAUGUGGUUUAUAUAUAAACAUAAGGUGUGAAUCUCAGUUAUAACUUUGUUGAUAUUCUCAGGGGGUGCAAGUGUGUGCUUUUUCCAGGUGUUGAAAAGGUCAAGACCUGCUGAAAAGUUUAAGAUGUCAAAACAUACUAAGGUACACCUAUUCCAUAUUGAGGUUAUUGAAGUUGUUAUAAAUAUCUGUACAUGGAAUGACAACUGUACUUCCAUGAUCUGUGUAUCAGAUCUAGAGAGAGGGGGAGAAAAGAAUAAGCUGCUAUGAUAUUUGAAAUAGUCUCUGUAGGUUCAAGCUUUUCAUUUUCACUUUUAGUUUCACUUAGUACUUUGGAAUUUGAAGCUGAUAACCAAAGAUAAUUAUCAGUGCUCAAAACGUUUACAAUCAUGAAGAUUAAUUUCCUAUUAAUUUGUACUUCAUUAUCUGUAAGGUAUAUCAAAUAAAAUGUUAUUCCAUUUAUUAAAAUAUGUUUUUUUUUUCAUAACAAUGACACUUUGGCUUAACAUCUUAUAGAAGUAUGUGCAGUGAUAUUUCCUUUUUAAUGCAAAAAAGUAUUUUCAAACCAAUAGUUAUUAAAAACAAAUAAUAAAAAACUACCAUGUGUCUUAACUUUCCACAAAAAUUGAGAUACCCCUAUGAAAAGCGACAGUAUUCAAAGUGAUGCUUUAGAGGCACAUCUCCAGACAAACCCUCAGGAAGAAUCCACGCUUUGUUAUAAUUACGUGUGAGAUAAUACAAUGUCACUUGUGCAAUAUAUGCCAUAACACCUCUCGCUGACACUCGAGGUGUUCAUGGCAUAUAUCGCGAGAGGGGGACAGUGUAUUAUUUGACAUACAUACCGAGAACAAAUAUAAAUGUAGUCAUUUCACCCUAAAACACCCCUUAAACCGAAUAAAGUGACCCUAUAUCACGCUCUAGAGAUGUUAUAUGGAAUAAACUCUUCCACGUGCACUGGUCAUCUCCCGCCAAAUCCUUAUGUAAUGUCUGACCAAUUUGGCCAAUUUUUGCUAAGGCCACACUUUUAUGUUUUUAUGGAUGACAUCCUGCACCUGCACCGAUUUUCGUCCGUUCUCCGGAAAAAAAAAAUUCACCCCCAACUAAGUGGGUUGUCGUAAACAUUAUUGAAUUUACUGGAGUUUUCUGAGAGAUGCUACGCAGAAAUGUCGAGUGAAGCAAGAUAUUUCUGGGUAGCAGCUUGGGUUGCCCUCGAUCUUCACUGAAGCUUGGCUAAAUGGACAGGCUUCAGUGAUCAGCAUAUCGCCACGGUCACAUAACAUCCCUAGGUAUGUAUUACUUACAUAACAUAGCUGCACAUAGUGCAUAUAACUCAAAAGAGCAGGUGGAUCAAAUACAAGAGUAGCAGUUACCUGUCAUCAGUGACCAGAACCCAUGUACUAUAUAGUGCUUACACUUCUGACCGUGUAACAGCUUAAAAUAAUUUUCUUCAAAAAUUGUACAGAUUUGACUCUCAUAAUAUGGAGUAAAUACAUAAAGAAUGGAAACCGCUGUAACAAAUAAAUCCAUUUAGAUCCCAAGGUUUGCUGCCAAUCACGCUGGAGAAGGGUAUUGAAUCUUUUCACUUCUUGUCAACAACAUAGCUCUCAAAAUGUGUAGAUCUAUUGUUAACUGGUCAUCUAUUUAAGAACUUUCUUUAGAUGUCAGUUUAUAAAGUGAUAGAUAAAUGAAGAUGAUGCUCAGAAAGAGGAUAGCAUUUCAGAGGAUUAUAGAGCUUUGGUUGGUAGAAAAAUGAGAUAAAUAAAUGCCCUCACUGCUUGUGUAUUAGGAGUGGAAGAAGGGAUUAUUAAGACCUCAUGACAAAAGAGUACUCAACACCUACACAAACCUAUUCUUUGUAAGAAAUAUGAAGAAGGUCAAAAGGAUUAUACAAAGAAGUGCUUAUCCAAGAGUAGCAAAAUUCUUGCCAGUUAUAAUUGGAAGAUGGCUGUCAUGUUCAGGUUUCUGAAAUUCAUAACUUCCUGCUUAGGCACAGGAAACAAUGUGUGGUCUUAUGACAAGCAAUUAUCAAUUUGAAUAUUACCAAUAUGUUAUAAAGUAUUCAUUAAAAAAAGGGGGGAGCUUUUUCAAGAAAUACUUAUUCUUAAUCAAUAGUAAAACCACUUCAUUUUUAUAAGCUUUUGAUUGAAGCCCUAUAGUCUCAGAAGAUUUUAAAAUGUAUUCUCUGCAUGCUACAAAAGGGGAGGAAACUAUAAUUCACUACUAUAGUAAAAAAACAGUCCCCGAUUGCACAAAAGCCUGAGUGAAGAUCAUAUUUUUCUAAUAGAGAGCAUUAUCAACUACAAUACAAAUCACAACAUCUUUACACUAUUACCUGUUAAUAAAAAAAAUUAUUUGAAUUGCCCAUUAAAGGAAAAAAGACUACAUUCACUGUAACAUAUUCAUUACAGCUCUCAAAAUGUGUAGAUCUGCUGUUAAUCAAGAUAUUCAAAGUAUGGAUUUAAUUGUCAUCCCUAAAAUCAGCUUGUUAAGCAAUAGGUUUUUGAAGAUGACACUCAGAAAUUAGAAGACCAAGCUGUCAAACAGCAAAGAAGAUAUGGUGAAAGAUGCCCUCAAGUUUUUGUAAAAUAAUAAGUAUUCAUUUUUUCAUGAAAGAAGAGAAAGCUGUAUGAUAAAA